CUAAACCCACAACAGUAAAAUCAGCCUGUAUAUUCAGUAAAGCAUGCUUGUUAUACUCACUGUGGAAUCUAAGGGGUUAAUCCUCCGCACUGUAAAAAGGCUGUUUGAUCCUGUCUUCUCUAAUCCUCCCCUUCUUCCACAGUCCCCAAUCCAUCUGCUGAUAGUACACAGCCCUAGGAGACACUCUGUACAUGCUCGGUUUGGUGUGUAUUGCUAGAGAGGUUUUUUUUUUUUGUCUUGGGAGAGUGCAUGUGAUCAGCACAGGGCCAAUCAGGAAUGUCCAGACUUAGGGUCAGGGGUUUUGCAUCC